AUGCGGCCUCCCUUGGGCAAGGUGUGUGCAAGUCCUCAGGCCCUAGGGAGCAGAGGAGGUCCAGUGGCCGGUGCCCCUGAAGGGUUAGGGGCUUUGGGUGUGGAACCUAGUCGAGAACUGAAAGAAGAGCCAACCUGUGCGGUGGUGCAGUCCAGUGUAGAGAUGAAGCCUGCUGUGGAGGUGGACAUUGGGCUGCCUCAACCAGAGGACCCAGGUGCAAUGAAGAAUACAGAGUCCCAAAUGGGCUUGGUGAUAGAACCUCCCGAAUGCCUGUUUGCCCAACAACCUGAAGAGAAAAUGGAUGCUGAAAACAUUGAACCAGGAGUGGAACCUACAGAUCAUAUCAGACCCAUCUACUCUGGGAAAUUUUUUGAUCGAUUGCCUUGCUGUCCAAGUGCAGGGAAAGUUAUUCCAGUUGGAUACAGAGUUGCAACCUGCUUGACUGAAAAACUUCCAAGGCCAAUUACUCCACCUGAGGCAAAAAAAUUUUUCAACUUCAGAUAUCCACCCCCUGGAGCCGAAAGAGUGUUUUAUGGCAGAGCAAAUGAUCCUCAAAUUGCACCUUAUUUGACACAUGGAAUAAGAUCUAAAAUUUCACUACCGGCAAAGAUAUUGAUAAACCCACAGCCUAUUACAACAUUCCAACAGAAAAUUAAAGAUAAAAAGGAAUCAAUAUAUUUUAGUAAUCAACGAGCACCAUUAGGAAAAUCUCAUGAUCAAUCGCCAGGAUUACCUAAAGGCCUGGAUAUACUCAAAACUACAUUUGGGACAGCAGUCAUCAGAGAAAUACCCGCUAGAGAUGUGGUGAAUCCACCAAAAUCCUAUGAAGAUGUAUUUAAAGAAGGAGACGAAAAACAUGAUCUGUAUGUUGUUUCUCACAAUGAUUAUUAUGUGGGAGAAGCGAAGACCCGAAAUUACCCAUCAAAUUUCCAUAGGUUUGACUUGUAUGGGGCCCCAACACCACAUUUUAAUGAUGGACGAACCAUGGCAAAAACUUUAUAUUGGCUCCAUGAACUACAAAUGAAAAAAGGAGCCAAGUUUAUAUCCAAGAGAGUUGAUGAUUUCAAAGAAAAGUUUCAACAUAAACUUGGAAGAGUUUUAGAUCCCAUUGCAGAAACAAUGAAUGUUCCCCCAGACCACACAUUUGGAGUUUGCCUUCGUCCCGACGACUAUGGCGCUGAUGAUCUCAUCUAUAAUAGACUCCCGGGUGAAUAUCUUCGAGGCAAGGAUAGGCAGCGAGCCCUGGUUGCAGCAGCUCGGCAUCAUUUGAAGAAUGUUAAUUACCAAAACUUUGACACUUUGCUGGCAGCCUUCAGGCACUAUGACAAGAAGGGAGACGGGGUAAUAGAUAAAGCUGAGCUCCGGGAAGCCUGUGAGCAGGCCAACUUGCACUUGGAUGAGAAGCUCCUGGACCAGCUAUUUGACUACUGUGAUGUGGAUGAUGAUGGGCUGAUUAACUACCUGGAAUUUGCAAAUUUUCUUAACUGGAAAGAUAAACUGCCUCUUAAAGAGUAUGAAGAGAGGGUUGUCAUUAAAGGUAGAAAACCAGAUUGUGCAAACACUGCUGAGGCUCAUGUUGAAGAAUCCGAACCAGCUCUCCUGAUAAAACCUGAAGAUAUUGUCUUAAAAAGGAGCUCAGAAAAGACCCUUCGGACACUGCAGAGGCCAAGCGUUCAAGGUUCCAGUCACUAUAAGACCACUUCUUCUGACAUCAGUGCAGUUGUAGGAGCCGUUCCUUCCAUUUGUUAUCCCAUUUAUGGUGUUCCAACCGUUCGGUCUGAUAUUCCUGCCCCCCGGAUUCGCCGCAUCAGUGAUAGAAUGAAUUAUGGUGAAGAGGGCAAUGCCUAUUCAUUACUACAUCCUACCAUCUUCAGCCAGAAAGGAGUGUUUGAAAGAGACUUCUUCCAAACCAGAUCAAAAAAAGAGAUCACAGAGAUAUUAUGUAACAUUGGUGUCAAGCUUUCGGAUGAAGAAUUUGAAAAUGUAUGGAAUCUUGCAUCAAAAAAACAUUAUAGAGGAGAAGUUUGUAUCGAGAACAUUCGAAAUGUUCUAGAUGAGCUACGACAUGCGGACCGGAUCAAGUGUAAAAGAACCAUGUGA